AUGAUUCGGGACUCCAGCUGCAGUGUACCGUUUGUCAUUAAGGGUGCAAUAUCGUUCUGGCCAGCGCUCACUACGCGCAAGUGGGCAGACCUCGAGUACUUGCGGUCGGCAGUUGGCCACCACCGUCUCGUUCCUGUAGAGCUAGGCGCAAAAUACACCGACCGCAACUGGUCGCAGCAGCUGAUGCCAUUUGGCGAAUACCUGGACCAAGCCAUCUACCCGCUGCAAAACAGCAGAGCUGGUGGCACAGGGUACCUGGCCCAGCACAACCUGUUUGCCCAGGCGCCUCGGCUCAAGCGCGACUUUUGGCUGCCUGAUUACACCCAGGUCGAGACCGGUCGACGAGCUGUGCCUGAAGAUUCGGCAACAGCAAAUGGCGGCGUGCUGGUCAAUGCCUGGCUGGGGCCCAAGGGCACAGUGUCUCCGCUGCAUUUUGACAAAUACGAUAACCUAUUUGCGCAGGUCGUCGGAUACAAGCACAUGCGGUUCUACGCGCCGAGCGAGUCAAGAAAUGUGUAUCCGUUCCCGCCCGGAUCGUCGCUGUGCAACACGAGCCAGGUCGACGUUAAUGAGCCGGAUCUGCAAAGGUUUGCUCGAUUUUCCCAGGCUCGUUAUCUCGAGGUGUGCAUGGGGCCCGGAGACCUGCUGUAUAUGCCGCCCCGCUGGUGGCAUUACGUGCGGUCGCUGAGCACAAGCGUCAGCAUCAGCAUGUGGUUCUGA